UCAGCAAGAGGAGAUUAAUUUACCUUUGUGAUCGGCUGAAAUGGGUAGGUCUCCAUGCUGUGCUGAGGAUGCCAACGUGAAAAAGGGGCCUUGGACUCCAGAGGAGGAUCAGAAACUGGUUGAUUACAUUAACACAAAUGGCCAUGGAAGUUGGAGGUCUCUUCCAAAGCAGGCAGGCUUAAACAGAUGUGGGAAAAGUUGCAGAUUAAGGUGGACUAAUUAUUUGAGGCCUGAUAUCAAGAGAGGCAAAUUCACUGAAGAAGAAGAGCGACUUAUCAUUAACCUUCAUUCAGUGCUUGGAAACAAGUGGUCUAGGAUUGCUACUCAUCUUCCUGGACGAACAGAUAACGAGAUUAAAAACUUUUGGAAUACACAGAUUAGGAGGAAGCUAUUGAAUCUGGGAAUUGACCCUCACACCCACAAGCCAAGAACUGAUCUUGAUCACCUUUUGAACCUUUCACAAUUGCUUUGUGUGGCUCAAUUAGGCAACUUGAUGAACCCUCUGGACACUGCUUUUAAACUUCAGGCUGAUGCUGCUGAACUAGCCGAAACCCAACUAUUGCAAAACUUAAUGAAGAUUAUGAACACGAAUCAACGAAAUCCCACACCUCAAAAUAUCCCUAUUAAUGCUGGUGCAGUCCCUCAAACAUCAAGUGAUUACCAGGGAGUGGAAAACCCAUUGGGAUAUGUUCAAGGUGGAUUGAUAAACUAUGAAAACCUUGACAUUAAGAAUCAUCAGAUAUUGAGCAAUUCCUUUGAACAAAAUGAAAAUCAACUUCCUGGGUUGGUUUCAAUAUCUCCUGAGAUGGAAAACAUGGCCGAGACCGCACAAGAUUCCAGUAUCUAUGAAGCUUGGGAGAAGCUACUUAUGGAAGAUAAAGCCGAUGGUGGUUCCUACUGGAAAGAAAUCCUGGACUUCAAUUCAUCAACCUCGUCACCCAUCUCAUGGUAAAGCACCUUUCGGCUUAAUGGAGGAAAAAAAGUUUUCAUUCAAUAUUUUUUCCAUUUUAUUUUGUCAGGGUUCUUUCAUUUAUUUUAUUCGUCUAGGAAGCUUAUAAUUGAGCUACCUCUCUGUAUAUUUUAGAUUGUGCUUUGUUUUUUGUUAAGCAAGUUCAAACUUUUAUUCAAUCGAUAAUAAAUUUGCGAUAUAAUAUUGUAUGUUUUGAAU